CUAUCCAUCUCUUCAAUGUCUGAUCCGCGUUCGCACAGCAGCAUCGAGUCAGGUCGGCGGGGGGAACGGGAUGGCGUGAACUGGAGGUGGCUGGCAGGGUGGAUCGUAAACCCACCACCCAACCUCCUGACACACCACGAUACCCAUUGUUAUAUUGCCCCCGUCGCUCCUUCUGGCCUAAACAGCUGCCUGCGCGGACACGUGCAAGCUCUUGGAAGGCACAAAAGAGGGAAGAAGACAUCUGGAUGUAAAAAAAACGCAUUGGAACCCUUGCCAGCUAAUGCAGCUACCCGAUGUCCCGCCCGCCAGCGGAGCAAACCGCCACACCGCCAAUUGCCUCCAGCCAGCCAGCCAGCCAGCAAACCAAUUACCCCUCCAGCCCAUAUACGAACAGAACCCUUUCUUUUCCCUGCGUUUCCCCUGCUUUGCCCCGGGUCGCACAGAAGAGAACUGUGUGGUCUUGUCUCGUACCACACACAUCAAGCCUUGUUUUCUUUCCUUCCUCUCGCUCGGCUCACCCGCCGAUUCCGCUCGCUAUUCCCGUUUUGUCCCGAUUGAUUGAUUGAUUGAUCUCCUUCAUCAUGGCGCUCACCGCGGUGACGCUGCUGGUACUGAAAGCGGUUGUUGUGUGGAUAGCGGUGCAGUGGGUGUUGGAGUGCGGGGAGAGUCGGGCGCCUUUCGUCAAGCCCGCGCUGACAUUCAUGCGGGCUGCCAAUAGCUUCGCCGCGACUGCAGGUACGACGCUGUGCGCUCUGCUUGUCCUCCUACCUUCCUUUGUCUUUGUCGUCCUCGAGGUGUUCGGCUAUGUAAGGGAACGGACUCGCUCGCUGCCGUCCAAGUCGCUCUCGGGAUAUGUGGAGCGUGGCGUCCGCAUCAUCAGUGAACUCGAGGCUCUUGGGGAGAGGAUACGCCAGGCUGCUGUCAAGUUGAACGUGGGUGAUGAGGAGACUAUGUGUGAACAGAGUACUCCCGUAACUGUCCUUCCGGAACAACCUACUGUACCAGCGCUCCCUCUGAUAUGUGGAAAUGUGCUGCUCGCUGUUUGCAAACAUAGCGAGAGCAUGGAACGUCUCUACUCGGCUCUUCAGCCACCACAUGUUGAUGAUCUCAUCUAUUGCGACUGCGAGGACUUCGAGAUACGAGGGGAGAAGAUUGUGGGCUUGCUUGGUAUGCUCCGAGAGUGCAUGGAGCGCCAAACGGAGGUAGUACAGGCCGUAGACGCCUUGUGCCCAGCCCUGCCACCGCCAUCAAUGGCUUGUGUAAGCGAAGACGGCGAUGUUGAUGGCGAUAGCGGUUACAUCGAAUGCUAG